AGAUAGGAUAGACACACAUACACGAUAAAGAAGAUCCUCUUAAAGUAUCGGAAACUGCUGGACUGGAGAAGACGAAGGGGGAAGGUGUCGACGGGGUGGCCGUUGAGCCAGCCUCUUUGUUACCCUCAAUAUUGCUCUAUGGGAUCCACCAGAGGCAAAUCCCCUCCAUGGCUCGUCGUUCACGGUGUCAAUGGAUGCGAAGAGACGCCGAAGACUGGGACAGAAAGAAGAAAGCGACAGAAUAAGAGGGGAGAAAAGAUGCACCCCUUCCCUCUCUCUCGUCCUUUUUGGCGACUCCAAAUUUUGGCACAUCUUCUUCUUAUUCUUUUCUCGCGGCUCGUUCGUUUCUGAGCGCUGGCUUAAUUUUGGAUCCCGCUUCUUUUUCCUCUGCUUCCCGGGACGCCGUUGCCGGCAGUGGUGGAGGUAGACAAGGCGGCAGUGCUCGGUUGGGAGUCUGAAGACGUGUUUUCUGUGGGUUUUUCUGUAUGUGCUCCUCGAAACUAUGGAACCUGAGAAGCCUACCUCCUUGCCCGGAGAAAGAGAAGGAAGCGCGGAGGCAGGGAGCGGGGUGUGUGCCUGUGCCUGCCUUUGUUGCGGCUCUGCUUCUUCUCCCUCAUUAUCAUGGAGCCGGAGCAUGAAGCGGAAGCUGGAGGGGAGGGACGGCGAGGCGCCAGACGGCACUGAAAGCGUCGCCUGCGUGGCCAAGGUGGCGAUGGAGAUCGAAGUGGAGGCUCUACGUCAGGCUCUAAUCAACCACCGCCAGGCGGUCCAGAAGCUACAGAUGGAACUUGAGGAGGAGCGGAACGCCACUGCGUCCUCUGCCACCGAGGCUAUGUUUAUGAUCCUGCGCCUGCAGCGAGAGAAGUCUGAGAGCGUGAUGGAGGCACGCCAGUUCAAGCAUUUUGCUGAGGGAAAGAUGGCGCACAACCAGCAAGAGAUCGAGGUUCUCGAGGAACUUCUAUUCAAGCGAGACCAAGCCAUCGAAGCCCUAACCCGUGCAGUCCAGGCAUACCGCCACCGCCUUCACAGCUAUGGCAUCGACAUCGACGACCACGCGCCUCCCUCUCCGCCGAAGAGCCCACUCGACUCGGCUUCUUGUUCAUUCCCUCAUUUCGACCUGCUCCUUAACGACUAUCCCCAAUUUGAUCAUCACCCCUUAGGUGUGAGUCCUCCUGAGCAACUUCAGUAUCUGAACCGCCUGAUGAGCCAUCCCGAACGGAAAUCAAGAAGCACUUUUUGUGAAGUCAUGGACAAGCGAGUUAUAGUGGGACAGUCGCCAUGCCGCCCAGAUUCAGGCCUCGAGCACAGUAAGAGUGAGGAAUUCCCUUCCACGGUUGACUGCGGUUCAGAUUGUGGUGGAAAAGAUGAUACCAGUGACAAAGUGUAUACGGUGGAUGCAGUGCAUAAGGAGAGUGACAACUGUAUCAGCAAACCGAGGGAUAUCCAGAAUAGUAUGGGUGCGGGUGGGGGCAUUGACGAAGAUGAAAUAAAGGGGCUUUGUAUGCGGCUUCAGGCACUAGAGGCUGAUCGAGAAUCCAUGAGGCAGUCCUUACUUUCUUUGAAUAUAGAUAAAGCUGAGCUAGUGCUGUUGAAAGAUAUUGCUCAACAAAUGUGUGAGGAAGGCGAUCCAGAGAGAAGGGUUGCUAAGGAACCACCUACGGUCAAGAGAUUUUCGUUCAUGUCCAUGAUUAAGAGUUUCUUCUCUUUUUUCUGGAUACCAUCUCAAUUAAGAUACACCUUUGGGCUAUCUGUAAGUAUUGUUGGCUUAUUGAUGCUCUUAGAGAAGUCUAUCAAUACAAGGCAUGGGAAAAAUCUUCUUAGAAGAGCAUUGCCACAAGGGUGACUUCUAUUUCUACUGCACCAACGCUUGAGAGACAGAGUGGCUUCUUCCAUUUCCUACUACACCAACACUCUAUGUGAAUUGAUUAGACCACUGAUGAAUGUUAUUCCUUUUAUUGGUCUACGUAGAAGAUGUACAUGUAUCUUCUAAGUCGUGGGGUUUCGUUUGAAUGUCUGGCUGCUUGUGAUAACAAAUCGGCGAACGUGAACGGAUUCUUGUAUAUUCUUUCAUGUACUUAAAAUGUGUGGUCACUUUGUUUCAAUUCUACUCUACUUUAGUGGGAUUAUUUUACGUA